AUGGCAUCUUUGUCCAUAGACCAACAGGCGAGGGCGGCAAAAGCCUACAUCUUACAAGAGCUCCAGAAGACCGAAGAUGGAGCUCACAUACUUAAAGACAAGGACUUUUGCGGAAGGCUUGAAAUGAAUUUCAUAACCAUCUUUGCAAUCUUUGCCGAGCUCUAUGGCUACAGACACGACUGUCUCGAUCAAAUGGUCGACCUGAUCACAAUGUGUGGCAGGAGCUGGCAGCAGCGAGAUCCAGAGUUGAAGCAGCUGGACAAAGAGCGUGAGCUGGAUCCAGAGUGGUACCUAUCCAAUCAAAUGCUGGGGGCCGUCUGCUACGUCGAUCGAUACGCUAAGGAUCUGUCUGGCAUCAAAGACCGUAUUCCUUACUUCCAAGAGCUGGGUUUGACAUAUUUACAUCUGAUGCCGCUCUUCAAGGCCCCUCAGCCGCUCAACGACGGCGGCUAUGCAGUAUCGAGCUACAGGGAAGUCCAGGAGCAACUCGGCGAUAUCAAUCAGUUGAAAGAGCUGGCAGUAGAAUUGAGGAAGGCCGGCAUCAGUCUCGUGCUAGACCUAGUGUUCAACCAUACCUCCAACGAGCACCAGUGGGCCAAGAAAGCCGCAGAAGGCGACCCGGAGCACUCUGCCAUGUACUGGAUUUUCCCAGACCGCAACGUGCCUUCCGCAUUCGAGCGGUCCACCCGCGAGAUCUUCCCGGACGACCACCCAGGAUCCUUCAUCCAGCUCGCAGACGGUCGCUUCGUGUGGUCCACCUUCUACCACUUCCAAUGGGACUUAAAUUAUUCCAAUCCGGCGGUCUUCCGAGCUAUGGCGGCGGAGAUGCUGUACCUGGCCAACGUCGGUGUGGACUUCUUCCGCAUGGACGCCGUGGCAUUCAUGUGGAAGCAGAUGAACACGGACUGCGAGAACCUGCCCGAAGUGCACAAGCUGCUGCGCGCGUUCAACGCACUCUGCAGAAUCGCGGCACCAUCCGUCCUCUUCAAGUCCGAGGCGAUUGUCCACCCCGACUUCGUGGUCCAAUACAUCGACCGCUACGAAUGCCAGCUCUCCUACAACCCGCUCCAAAUGGCACUCACAUGGGAAGCUCUCGCGACACGAGACACCUCGAUGCUCUCCCAGGCAAUUGAGCGGCGCCAUAACAUUGCACGUGGCUGCGCAUGGGUCAACUACGUGCGCUCACACGACGACAUUGGGUGGACCUUCUCGGACGAAGACGCGCUCGAACUCGGUAAGAACGGGUCGAACCACCGCAAAUUCCUCAACGCGUUUUUCGUCAACCGGCACCCGGGCAGCUACGCGCGCGGUGUGCCCUUCCAGGACAAUCCGCGCACCGGCGACUGCCGGAUCUCCGGUACGACGGCGUCGCUGGCGGGGUUGGAGUCGAUGCAGGACCAUGCGAUUGACCGGAUCCUGCUCGCGUACAGCAUCGCCAUGAGCACAGGCGGCAUCCCGCUGAUCUACCUGGGGGACGAGGUCGGCCAGCUCAACGACUACAGCUAUCUGCACGACCCCACGAAGAUGGACGACUCCCGCUGGGUCAACCGGCCCUGGUACCCGGAGUCGCGCUACGCGGAGCGCAACGACCAGUCUACCAUUCCGGGCCAGAUCUACGCGGGCAUGAAACACCUCAUCCAGCUACGGAAGUCCACCGACGAACUGGCUGGUGGCCGCGCGGUCGGGUUCUUCACGGGAAACCCGGCGAUUCUGGGCUAUCAGCGGCCUGGCGUGAAUUCCACGGUACUGUGUCUGUGCAACUUCUCAGAUGAGCCGCAGUGGAUUGGUCGGGAUCGGUUCAUGGGCAUGCCGGUCGAGGCGAAGGAUUUGGCGUCGGGUUAUAUGAUCAAUCUCAGGGAUGCGGGCGUGCAGUUGAGGCCGCAUCAGUAUUUGUGGUUGAGAUAUUGA